AUGGCCCUUGCCCCCCACUUCCUGCUGCUGCUGCUGCUGUUGCUAGGACCGGCCCUUGGCACCGUGUCCGCCAAGGCGCCUGGCGAUUUGGAAUACAAGCUGCCCAGCCCGCACUAUGAGACAGAGGGGCAGAUCGCCGGGGCAGGGAGGACCCUGGGCGUGCUCAGGUGGCUGCCAAACGCCUUCCUCAGCCUGGUGAUGCCGAAAGCUUUCCCCGAAGAUAUUUUAAGAGAAGUUUAUCGGAACAAGUUUGAAUUCAAAUCUAGUCUUGACUCGAUUAUUGGCUACGAGCUUGGGGUUAUUAUUUGUGCUUUCCUGGGAGUCCUCUUCAUUAUCCUGAUGCCUCUGGUGGGGUUGUGCUUCUGCUUGUGUCGAUGCCUUGGCAAGUGUGGAGGGACGAUGCACCAGCGGGAGAAGGCCCAAGGACCGGUCCUACGGCGCUACUAUGCAAUCUCCCUCCUGGUGAUUUCCAUCCUCAUUAGCUUUGGCAUCGUCUGUGUGUUUAUGGCAAAUCAUUACAUGAGGAACCUGGGAACCGAUACCCGGAAGCUGGCAGUCAGUAACAUAAAGGACCUGAGAACCUACCUGAACUCCAUCCCAGAGCAAAUCUAUUACAUGGUGGACCAGUAUAAUCCCACGAAGGAAAGAGUGUUCUCCGACCUGGACAACGUUAAACCACUGCUGGGAGACAGAAUCCACGAGGCACUGAAGCCCAAAGUGUCCCCUGUUCUAGAAGACGUCCUGACCAUGGCCCAGGUAAUCAGAAGGACCAAAGAAGGGCUGACGUAUGUGAACAGGAACCUAACGGAGCUGAAGGCACUGACCAGACGCCUCAGCAGCAGCCUGGGCCAGGUCCAGGGCAACGUGGAGCAAACACUCCACAGGGACUGCAAGGUCGAGCCCAGUUGUUCAAACCUGCGAUUAUACUUAAGUGACCUGGACGUCAACAGCACCGUGGACAGGCUUCCAUCCCUAGAUGAAAAAGUUAAUAGUAUCAACAAUGUGGACAGAAUCAAUUUGUUCAGCCUGGUCAAACAGGGCAAUGCAACCUUUAAUGACAUCCCUAAGAUGGUGGAAAAGCAAACUCAACUUGUCAUAUCAGAUGUCAAAGAGAAACUGAAUUCCUCUGGUCACAACCUUGACAACAUACUCAAUAAGCUUCCUAUUCAUGACUUGGUGUCCAAGUUCUCGAAACACAUGGACGACUUUGAAAACAGCCUUGGCCCCUAUUUCCCCUUGAUGGAAACAUACAACCUGUACAGGUGGAUCGUCACCCUGGUUCUCUGCUUUUUGCUGACCCUGAUUGUGACUUUCUAUUUCCUGGGCUUGCUGUGUGGCACAGUUGGCUACGACAAGAGAGCCACCCCAACCACCCGAGGCUUGUUCUCAAACACUGGCGGCAUCUUCCUCAUGAUCGGGGUCGGACUCAGUUUCCUCGUCUGCUGGAUAAUGAUGGUCUUUGUGCUGCUCACUUUCAUCCUCGGUGGCAAUGUGCAGAAACUGGUCUGUGAGCCUUACCAGAACCGGAAGCUGUUCCAGGUUCUGGACACGCCGUACCUGCUCAACGAGCACUGGAAGUACUAUCUCUCGGGACUGAUACUGGAUGAUUGGGAAGUGCCUCUCACUUUUGAAGAGACUUACAAGCACUGCAAGGAGAAUAGAGGGGCGUAUGCGACGCUGAAGCUAGAGCACAAGUACAACAUCAGUGACAUGUUCAACAUCGAAAAGGUGACUGGCCCGAUAAGCCAAGAGUUUGAGUACCUGAAAAUCAACCUGAGCAAAGUCGUCCUGCUGGACGACAGUGGGGUACAAGGCCUGAGGGACUUCAGUGCCAUCGGAGUCCAGGACAUCGAUUACGGCGUUUUCUUAGCUGAGAUAAAUAAAUCUCCCACCAGAGGGAAUCUUCUGUUAUUUGCAGCCAAAGUGGAAACAGAAAUCAACAAUUUCCCCCAGGAGGCCAUGCGGGAGACGCUGCUGAGGGAAGUCCAGGAGGUCCGGCGCAUCCACCGGGAGGUUCUGGUCCCACAGCAGCAAGCUUCGCGCCGUACAGACCAGAGCCUUCGGGAACUGCAGGGCACAACCAAUAACUUGGAGGGGAAAGUGGACUCCCUCAUCUCCGCCCUGGAGUCUGCGCAGAAGUUCAUAAACAUCAACGCCUCUUUCGUUGUCCGCAAAGAAAUUAAGAGAUACAUAAACUCCAUCAUUGCGCACUUUGAGCUCUACCUGCAGUGGGCCCACAGAUCGAUCACAGAGGAGGUUGCGGCCUGCAAGCCCGUGGCCACUGCCGUGGACUCGACCGUCGAAAUCUUUCUGUGCCGCUACCUCACAGACCCCGUGAAUCUGUUCUGGUUCAGCCUCGGAGAAGCCACCUUUUUGCUGCUUCCGGCUCUGAUUUUUGCCGUCAAGCUGGCCAAGUACUACCGCCGCAUGCAGUCAGAGGAUGUGUACUAUGAUAAGAGACAUGCUAUUUGGGGUUUACAUAGACAUUAUCCCAUGUGGAGUCAAUGAACAGUUUCUAAAUACAUG